AUGUCUUUCAAACACUUCAUUAAUGACCCCGAAAAGCUCGUUAAUGAUGCCUUGGAAGCACUAACAUAUGCGAAUCCGACUUUGCAGUAUCUACAUGCAGAGAAAGCUAUCGUCACUACCGCACAUGACAGUUCAACAAACGUCUCCAUCAUCUCUGGCGGCGGAGCAGGCCACGAACCUGCGCAUGCUGCCUAUGUCGGCCGCAACAUGCUUAGCGCCGCCGUUUCCGGCUCCAUCUUCGCGUCUCCCUCCGUCUCCCAGAUCUACAAUACAAUCGAUCACGUGGGAGGCAAGCCUGGAACCCUAUUGAUUGUCAAGAACUAUACCGGUGACGUAUUCAAUUACUCUUUGGCAGCCAGCAAAGCAAGCGCGGCCGGCGUGCCAACCGAAUUCAUCGUGGUAGCGGACGAUGUCAGCGUCGGGAGAGCAAAAGGCGGGAAGGUUGGGCGAAGAGGUUUGGCUGGAACGAUUCUCGUUCAUAAAAUAACUUCCGCGUACGCCGCUUCUUCCAGGGCGCCAUCGCUCGAAGCUGUGCGUAAGCUGGCACAAGAGGUCGCGGACAACCUUGUCACUGCCGCCGCUUCUCUAGACCGAGUGCAUGUACCUGGGAGAAGGAAACAUGCCGCAGAUUUCCUAGAGGAGGAUGAGCUCGAGCUUGGAAUGGGCAUACACAACGAGCCUGGCCUUCGGAAGAUAUCGCCUUUGCCCGAUCUGUACAUACUCGUCGGAGAUAUGUUGAAGAUGUUACUUGAUCUCACAGACACUGAUCGAGCAUAUGUGGAUUUCUCUGCGACCGAGGGUGAUGGAGUAGCCCUGAUGAUAAACAACCUGGGAGGGACAAGUGUCUUGGAGCUUGGAGCUGUCGCUGCGGAGGUCUAUAGGCAACUUGGAUCAAGCUAUGGGAUUGCACCCGUGCGCUCAUAUGUGGGAACAUAUAUGACCUCCCUCAAUGGUCCAGGCUUUUCCAUUACCUUACUCCGCGCCAGCCAGCAGAUGCUCGACUUCCUGGACGUUGAGGUUGAAUGUGCAGGAUGGUCACCCGCCAGUUUGCCACCGACGAACCGUUCUAAACAUGCACUCUCCAGAGAAAACAGAAUCAUUGCCAAGGCUCCACGAGCAGAUGGAGUGUCUUCUGAGUUCAAGUACGUCGAACUCUUUCACAAGGCUCUCCGGAAUGCUUGCUCUAAGGUAAUCGCUGCGGAACCAACAAUCACCGAAUAUGAUACACAAGUUGGCGAUGGCGACUGUGGAACGACACUCCGACGCGGCGCAGAAGCAGUAUCCAGCUACAUCGCCAAUACUCCUCCCACCGCCACCGAUCCCCUCACGGACCUUGUCCGCAUCGCCUCGGUUGUGGAAAACACCAUGGAUGGUACCAGCGGCGCCAUUACCGCCAUCUACGUCAACUCGUUGGCAGCAUCCCUCCGCUCGAUUUCCACCUCCUGCGCCCCUCCACCCUUCGACGCCCGUGUCUGGUCUUCCGCUGCCACGGCGGCGCUCAAGACGCUGCAAUCCGUCACUCCCGCUCGCCCUGGUGAUCGCACGCUAAUGGAUGCGCUGACGCCGUUUGUUGAGACGUUGGCAAAGACGUUGAGCGUGGGAGACGCGGCGGCGGCAGCGAGGUUGGGCGCCAAUAGGACAAUGGGUAUGCAAGCGAAGCUGGGGAGGAGUGUGUAUGUGGAGGCGAGCGCUUACGACCGAGUCCCGGACCCUGGAGCGAUUGGGCUGGCGGAGCUUUUUGAGGGGCUUGCGCAGGCGCUGUAG